AUGGUUUCUACUUGGGUAAGAGGCAAGUGCAUAGGCAAGGGCGCGUUUGGUACCGUCAGCGUCGCGCUUCGAAAGCUUGACGCCCAAACGCAAAUUUUCGCGGUGAAGUCUGUGGAUAUUAAAACGGGUCUCCCGGGUCAGCUCGAAGCGUUGGAGAACGAAAUUCGGAUCCUCCGACGCAUGUCCUCGCCGCACGUGGUAACCUUUCUCGGCGAAGACACCACAUGCGAGAAGCGGAACCUUCACAUGGAGUACAUGCCAUGUGGCACUCUCGCUGACCUGGACCCCGACGUGGACGAGUAUUUAGUGAGACAAUACACGUGGUGCUUGGUGAGCGCUCUGAAGCACGUGCACGGAAACGGCGUCGUGCACUGCGACGUGAAGGGGAAGAACGUCCUUGUUGGAGACGGAGCCAACGGUCGCAACUGCAAGCUCGCCGACUUCGGCUCGGCGAUGGAGUUCGACGGGGAAGGUCUCCCGGCGGCAUCGCCGCGCGGGAGUCCGCUGUGGAUGGCGCCGGAAGUGAUACGCCGGGAGUGUCAGGGUCCGGCGUCGGACGUUUGGUCGUUAGGUUGCACGAUGAUCGAGAUGCUCACCGGAAAACCGCCGUGGGAGGGGAACGCCGUGGACGCGCUGAGUCGGAUUGGAUUCUCCGGCGAGGUGCCGGGGUUUCCGCGCCGGUUAUCGGAGCUCGGCCGGGAUUUUCUGGAGAAGUGUUUGAGGAGGGAGCCGUGGCGGCGGUGGAGCUGCGAUCAACUGCUGGAGCAUCCGUUUCUGUUACCGUGUGGUGUGAUCGUGGAAUCGUCGCCUCGGUGUGUUCUCGACCGAGUUGACUCGGAGUUCGCUGAGUUCGACGAGGAAGAAGAACAGGAAGAAGAAGAAAUAAUAACUGAAAGUGAAAAUUCGGCAAGGGAUAGAAUUGGAAAAUUGGCUACGAGCGUAGGGGUAAAUUGGGAAGCGCCAGGAUGGGUGAUGGUGAGGGAAUUGGCUUUCGAUGCCGAACCGGUGGUGGCUGACAGUUCUGAGAAUGUUAGAGAAGGGUCGAUUUUGGAAAAUUUUGAGAAUUCGAGGGAAGAACGGGGAAUUCAGGAAAGGACAAAUUCGGAAUGUGAAAGCUUGAAAAACGAAAUGGUAAAAUUGGGAAUGUGGUGUUUGGGUGGGAGGCGGUGGUUGUUACAGUACAACCGGCGCAGUGAGUGUGAGUGUGGGUGGGAAAAUGUUGAUAAGAAAAAAAGAAUGAUAUUGAAAAUAAACAUUUACAAGUUGUACUUUAAAUUAUUGAAAUCACAUUGUUUCUAUUUGAAGUAUUUAAACAUAUAUUAUUUAUGUUUUGGGGUUAUUUGGGUGGAUUCGUAUUGAUGGCAUUAUGAAUAAUUUUUGUAAGAAGAGUAUAUUUGUAACUGAGGACAACGCAUGCAUGACGCAACCAAGGAAGCAUUGUAGAGAUUUAAUUGAGAGUGAGAUCGCAAGGGUGGAUUUGGCUGCGUAAUGUACCCCACAUGUUGGGGCAUUCAGGCAAAGGGACGAUGAAGUUGUGAUGUUGCGUGAGUAUGACACUCCACACUUGCAAACGUGAUGCUCUAAAACUACAUUACUCAAAACAAUGUAGAUAGAGAAAAUGAAAUUCCGCAUUUUUAACAGGACCUUAGAUCAAAGCUUUCUAGCCAUGAAUUGGGAUCAGAGACACUCUUGCUUGUCCACACGUUAUCCACUACAUGCUCAAACACACCACGAAAAUAUCAAUGACAACACUGUUAACAAAAUUUCAAAUCAUCAUUGCCAUUU